AUGUUCGCGAAGGCUUUCACUUUUGCCAGCCUGGCUUCCCUUGCCAGUGCUCACAUGCUCAUGGCCAACCCCAAACCCUACGGACAGAUCGACAACAGUCCUCUGGAGGGAAAUGGAUCCAACUUCCCGUGCAAGAAUGCCGUCAACGACGGCUCAACCACCAAUGUUUACAAGCAAGGAAGCACACAAGAACUUUCUUUCACUGGCCAAGCCGUCCAUGGUGGUGGUUCAUGCCAGGUUUCUCUUACCACUGAUAAGAACCCUACCAAGAACUCAGUCUGGAAGGUCAUCAAGUCUAUCGAGGGAGGCUGCCCUGCGAAGACUGCAACUGGCAACCUGGGUGCCAACCCCGAUGCUGCGAACCCCGACACGUAUGACUUCACCAUCCCUGAGGAGCUUGCUGCUGGUGAAUACACUCUUGCAUGGACCUGGUUCAACCACGUCGGCAACCGUGAGAUGUACAUGAACUGUGCUGCCAUCACCGUUGAGGGUUCAGGUGGCUCCAAGGAUCACUUGGACUCGCUUCCCGAUAUGUUCGUUGCAAACAUUGGCAACGGCUGCGAAACACUUCCCGACACUGAUCUUGCUUUCCCCAGGCCUGGUAAGGACGUCUCCAAGCUCAAGGACAAGCUCGAACCCCCCAGGGAGGGUUGCACGCAGCCUGGCGCUGACUCCGACGAUGGCUCCAAUGGAAGCAACCCUGAGCCUUCCGCCCCGGCCGCUGCCCCUACCGACAACUCUAGCGCAAAGCCUACCCAGCCUGCUGCCACUCCUGUUCCUACUCCCGCCCCUGGUGCCGGAUCUGACAAUGGUAGCGGAUCCGGUGACGGUUCCAACGGCGCUCCUGAGAUCCCUGGAGGCGCUUUCAUUACAGUCUCUCAGCCUGCAGCUUCCCAACCUUCAGCCACUCAGGCUCCCGAGGUAUCUGCUGCUCCCGAGACUACUGCUGCCCCUGAAACUCCCGCCGCUCCCGAGACUCCCGACAACGGCUCUGACAAGGGAUCCGGUGGCUUCGCUGCUGGAACUGCUUGCACAAGCGAAGGGGAGUGGAACUGCAUUGGUGGCUCAUCCUUCCAGCGAUGUGCCAGUGGUGCUUGGACUAUUGCCCAGCAAGUCUCAUCAGGUGUCACUUGCACUCCUGGACAAGGUGCCGACAUUGGCAUGAACGCAAAGAGAGGAAAGCGAAGCAUGCGCCGCGCUCUGCGCUCUUAA